CCAAGCUAUAGAUUCCUCCAUCGGGAGAGGGGGUUUGCCUCAGUCCUCCUCCUACCCAGGGGCUGCAUGUAGGUGCCUUUGUGGAUGGAAACGUGGAGGUUGGAUCAGGCGUGCACUGUGUGCAAUUAUAGCCCACACAAACGAAUGGAAAACUAAAUCCCAGAAUCCCAGGCUUGGCCUCGGGCCCACCUCCAUGCUUGGCUGCCUCGCUGCCCCAGCAUCACUCAGGCUGCGGCUCCGUUCCUGGGAUGCUCCAGGAAGUGGCGUGCAUCAGCUCACCCGUCUUGUUAGCACGCUUUGCAGGGGGCCCGAGCCGUGUGUGUUUCUAUUCAACUGGUUUCUCUUUUGAAACCCUAAAGGGCUGUGUCAAGGUGCGCAGGGAUAUGAGAUGGGGGAGGCCCCCACGAGAGAGGGCUGGGGUGAUGACUGCGCCCUCUUCGCCACUCCCCCGUGGGCGAUCGGACUGGAAGGUGGAGAGGAAAGCUCACCGCAGAGGCUGCACCAGCCCCUGGUGAAGGAUUGGGCUGCAGGAUCUCAGUUCCGCCACCUUCUAACUGUGACCGGGAUAGGUCACGCUGUCUCUGGGCCCACGGUGAGGAUUCCUACUUAACCUCAAGGCCAUUGUGAGGCUGCUGACCUGAGAGAGAGAAGCCAUCAGUGCUGUGCAUGGGACAGGCGAGGGAGGCGACGGGGACAGCAAGAACUGCCUGGCUCGCUGGUAAUUGCUCCUUUCAUCUACUCCUUGGCCCUGGUGGCCGUUGCUGGGAUCAGUUGUAUACUACCAUGAAACCUCCUGUCAUCUCGCUCCCAAACCCGAAAUCCAGUGCACAACCAAGAGACAUUGCUCUAAGCUGAAGUGCACCUCUGGAAGCUACUAGAACAGCCAAAAGAUGCUCUUAACACACAUGCAUACAUGGAUGCAAUUGCAAAUGAGGACAUAGGCAGCCAGGGCCUUGGACACAGCCCCAGCCUGAACUGAAACCCAGCCCUGGAACAGGAAGUGCUUGGAACCUUCCCUGCUGUUGCCAUGGUGCUCACAACCACCCAGGAAACCAAAGGCAAGCUCCCCCUGUCAAAGCACUUUGGCCCAUAAGAAGAAAAGGGUGAGCCCCAGAUGUGAUGAGCACUCCCGGGCUUCAGGCUCAGAAGGCGCCCAGCCCCCAGCUCUCCUGUAACUCAGAGGCCAGUGUGAUGUGAGUUCCUCCACUCAGCAAGCUCCUGCUGUGAACACGCCUGUGGUGGGCAAGAGGGCUUGAGAACGGUUGCUUAUCUUUUCUCUCCUGUGUAAUCUCCACUUUCAUUCACAAUAAUGUCGAACACGCAGCACAAAGCUCGGCUGGAACGCCGGAUCGCUGGCUCAACCAACAGGUGGCGUUUCCCCAAACAGCCUUUUACUGGGGACCUGCUCUCACUUUCCCAGAUGUUCAAGGCUCUGAACAUAGACUUUGAGGAAGCUCUGAGGAACCCAGACAGGUUAUACAUUUCACAAAUUCAGAAGUUUUUCUGUGAGAAUUUCAAGAACAAGGACAUCCAAAGUGCGGAAGCAGAUGUGAUUCUCGAGUGCCUGGGCUUCAAAUGGGAACUCCAUCAGCCCCAGCUUUUUCAGUCUGAGACCUUGGCCAAGCUCUACCUGAAAGCCCUGACGCAAGGCACCACAUACCCCCUGAGGGAGCUGGAGGAGCUUCUGCGAGCUCAAUCACCUAAGAAGACCAAAGAAAAAUCCUCUGCAAAGAGGAUGAUCAUUUCCUUGAAGAUCAAUGACCCACUGGUCACUAAAGUUGCCUUCGCCACGGCCCUGAAGAACCUCUACACGAGUGAGGUGGAGAUUAACUUGGAAGAUGUACUGGGGGUGCUGGCUUCCGCCCACAUCCUCCAGUUCAGUGGCCUGUUUCAAAGGUGCGUGGAUGUGAUGAUAACCAGACUCAUGCCAAGCACCAUCAAGAACUUCUACGAGGCCGGCUGCAAGUACAAGGAAGAGCAGCUCACCACCGCCUGCGAGAAGUGGCUGGAAAUGAACUUGGUUCCUCUAGUGGGGAUGCAGAUCCACCUCCGCAAAAUCCCGCAGGACCUGCUCCACAAAGUGCUGAAGUCCCCCAGGUUGUUUACCUUUAGUGAAUUCCGUCUUCUGAAAACAAUGCUUUUGUGGGUCUUCUUGCAACUAAACUACAAGAUUCAGGCAAUGCCAACUCAUGAAACCGUGAUGACAUUUUUUAAGAGCUUUCCCGAGAACUGUUGCUUUCUGGACCGGGAUAUAGGACAGAGCUUGAGGCCACUCUUCCUCUGCUUGCGUCUGCACGGCAUCACCAAAGGCAAGGACCUGGAGGUGCUGCGGUACAUUAACUUCUUCCCAGAGUCGUGGCUGAACCGGGUUACAGCCAACCACUACUACGCACUGGAGAAUGGGGGCGACAUGGACCAACUGAAAGAUCUUAACACCCAGGCUGUGAGAUUUGGGCUGCUUUUUAACCAGGAGAAUACAACUUAUUCGAAAACGAUUGCUGUAUAUGGAUUCUUCUUUAAGAUAACAGGACUCAAACAUGAUACUACUUCUUAUAGUUUUUACAUGCAGAGAAUAAAGCACACAGACCUGGAAUCCCCCUUCGUGGUCUACGAGCACAAGCCUGUCAGCCUGCGAGCGGCACGCCUGGUGAAGUAUGAGAUCAGAGCCCAGGCCCUGGUUGACGGCAAGUGGCAGGAGUUCAGGACAAACCAGAUCAUGCAGAAGUUUGGGUUGACCAAGCCAUCCUGCAAAAGCCAUAUCUUGAAAAUCCAAACUGUGGGCAUCCCAAUCUAUGUAAGUUUUGCUUUCAUCUUCCCACCAUCCUGACAGUUUCCAGAAGAAUCUAUGGGAUUCCCCCCCCACUGGUCUGCAUAAAAGAAAAUAAAAUGACAUCAAAGGGA